UCCGAGAAAAGUCCUUCAUACACAAAUGAGUGAAGUUGAGGAGAGGAUUCCAAACCAUUAGUUUAGGAUCGAGAGAAGCCGUCUGACUUUUAUCGUUUCAGAAGAAACGAAAACAUUUCCAGCCAUGACCAUCGGAUAUCUUCUCUUUGUGGGCAUUUGUCUUGGCAUUGCCAGACACGUCUAUGCCGUGGAUUUGACCCUGAAACCUGGUGAAACCAGUAAUGCUGUCAUCGAUGCAACCAUAAGAAAAAUCAAAACGAAAUGUAUUCUGGCAGAAGAUUAUUAUUUCCUGAGACGGUUGGCAGAGGCCCAGAUGAAAUCUAUCCCCGCAGGAACGGGUGGAAUAUGGAGGGUAACCGAAGCCCAACUGACAACCGUCAAAGAUGCUUGCAAGGGUAUACUGAGAACAAACUGUAGUAAAGUCCAAACAGAGUUGAACAUUGCUGUAUCAACCGUAACAGUGUCCGACCUACAAAAACCCCUAUAUUCUGGACUGGUAAUGAGCUUGUUUAUUUUAACCUUACAAACACCAAUCCCAGUCAAUACACCAGGGCAAACAUUUUACUGGGUCCGGCAUAUCAACCUAGAUGGCGCGAGGCAUGUCUUCGUAGAUUCUGCAAAUAAAUUAGAACAGAGGAAUGAUUGUGCCAGCGCCCAGAUCGACCUUGUUUUCGUUAUUGAUUCAUCUGGAAGUGUUAAAGCGCAUAACUUUGAGAAAACAAGAACUUUCUUGAAAAAUAUUGUGCGUAAUCUAGACAUUGGUCCAGAUACGACACGUGUUUCUGUUAUUAGAUUCUCAGACGAACCUGAUAUCCCAUUUGGGUUAGGAACCUACGAUACGAAAACUGCAGUAAUAAAUGCUAUUAGCAAUAUAGAGUACAUUAAUGGAAAUACUUUCACACACCUGGCUCUUGAUCAAGCACGUAACAACGUCUUUACGAGUACAAGAAAAUCUGUUGCUGCAAAAGUUUUAGUUUUGGUCACGGAUGGAAAGUCAGAGAGCGAAGCGAAAACAGUAGCAUCAGCUAAAGAACUAAAAGAUGAUGGCGUCACUAUAUUUACAAUUGGAGUUGUCAAUCCACUUGUAUCUGAGUUAAUUGCAUCAGCAAGUGAACCCAGUUGUACACAUUUCAUCAACUUGAAAGAUUAUGAUGAAAUUAGUUUUAUUGUGAAGGAAAUUCAAUCUGAUUCCUGUAAAGCUCCGGUCGUUGUUCAAAAAGAAACUCCGUUAGUCAAUAUUACCAUUCCAAAAACUAACGAGACAAAACAACAAGUCCUGCAGGUCACCAACGCUACAAAGUCCACCUUGGGUACAACAGUUCUGGUGAAGGUCCAGUGUGGUGUGGUCACCGUGUACGCUUCAUUUAACAACAGUUAUCCCAAUGAAGCCGACUACGACUACAAGACUUUGGCAACUGAUGAGGAACCGGGCAAAUUAUUUCUUGUACAAGAAUCAGAACUUGAUCAGCUUGCCCUUACUGUCCUUUCCCAAAAACGAUUUGAUCUCAAAUCCUCAGCCUGUGACAAUCCUUCCUACGACAUCAACAUCAACCCAACAGCACCCAGAACUGAAGCGGUUUGCCUUGUGACACAUGUCAACAGCCCAUGUUCCGCAAAGCAACUCGACCCUGCAUGUUACAAAACGACACCUGUUGUUCGUGAAGUCAGUCAAUUGUAUAAUAACAGUAUUCUCAAGAAUGGCCAAAUACAAGAACACGUUUUGGAAAUCACCAACAGUACACAUUCUUCAGGAAGCAAGAUUCUGGUGAGUGCCCAGUGUGCCGAAGUCACCGUGUACGGUGCCUUUAACAACAGUUAUCCCAUUGAGGCUGACCACCACUACAAAACAACUGCAACGGAUAGCAAUCCUGGUAAAAUAAUAAUUCCUGAGAGAGAAUCACAAACUGAUAACUUUACACUGACUGUCUUCUCUAAGAGACAGCGUGGCCUAAGCUCUCCAGCUUGUGACCAUCCCUCCUAUGCAGUCAGCAUCAUACCAAACGAUCCCGCACUUGAAGUAGUUUGCCAUCGAAAACAAGAUGAAAGACAUUGUACUCGUGAAGAAUCUGAGUCUAAAUGUUCUAACACUCCGACCAUCAUUCCAGAAGGCAAUACGUCUCUCAAUAUGGCCAUUCCAAAAACUAACGAGACAAAACAACAAGUCCUGCAGGUCACCAACGCUACAAAGUCCACCUUGGGUACAACAGUUGUGGUGAAUGUCCAGUGUGGUGUGGUCAUUGUGUAUGGGUCAUUUAACAACAGUUAUCCCAAUGAAGCCGACUACGAUUACAAGACUUUGGCAACUGACUAUCAUCCGGGCAAAUUAUUUCUUCUGCCAAAAUCAGAACUUGAUCAGCUUUUCCUUACUGUCCUUUCCAAGAAACGAUUUGAUCUCAAUUCCUCAGCCUGUGACAAUCCUUCCUACGACAUCAACAUCAACCCAACAGCACCCAGAACUGAAGCGGUUUGCCUUGUGACACAUGUCAACAGCCCAUGUUCCGCAAAGCAACUCGACCCUGCAUGUUACAAAACGACACCUGUUGUUGGUGUAGUCAGUCAAUUGUAUAAUAACAGUAUUCUCAAGAAUGGUCAAAUACAAGAACACGUUUUGGAAAUCACCAACAGUACACAUUCUUCAGGGAGCAAGAUUCUGGUGAGUGCCCAGUGUGCCGAAGUCACCGUGUACGGUGCCUUUAACAACAGUUAUCCCAUUGAGGCUGACCACCACUACAAAACAACUGCAACGGAUAGCAAUCCUGGUAAAGUAAUAAUUCCUGAGAGAGAAUCACAAACAGAUAACUUUACACUGACUGUCUUCUCUAAGAGACAGCGUGGCCUAAGCUCUCCAGCUUGUGACCAUCCCUCCUAUGCAGUCAGCAUCAUACCAAACGAUCCCACACUUGAAGUAGUUUGCCAUCGAAAACAAGAUGAAAGACAUUGUACUCGUGAAGAAUCUGAGUCUAAAUGUUCUAACACUCCGACCAUCAUUCCAGAAGGCAAUACGUCUCUCAAUAGCACCAUUCCAAACACUAACGAGACAAAACAACAAGUCCUGCAGGUCACCAACGCUACAAAGUCCACCUUGGGUACAACAGUUCUGGUGAAUGUCCAGUGUGGUGUGGUCAUUGUGUAUGGGUCAUUUAACAACAGUUAUCCCAAUGAAGCCGACUACGAUUACAAGACUUCGGCAACUGACUAUCAUCCGGGCAAAUUAUUUCUUCUGCCAAAAUCAGAACUUGAUCAGCUUUUCCUUACUGUCCUUUCCAAGAAACGAUUUGAUCUCAAUUCCUCAGCCUGUGACAAUCCUUCCUACGACAUCAACAUCAACCCAACAGCACCCAGAACUGAAGCGGUUUGCCUUGUGACACAUGUCCACAGCCCAUGUUCCGCAAAGCAGCUCGACUCUGCAUGUUACAACGCGACACCUGUUGUUCAUGAAGUCAGUCAAUUGUAUAAUAACAGUAUUCUCAAGAAUGGCCAAAUACAAGAACACGUUUUGGAAAUGACCAACAGUACACAUUCUUCAGGAAGCAAGAUUCUGGUGAGUGCCCAGUGUGCCGAAGUCACCGUGUACGGUGCCUUUAACAACCGUUAUCCCAUUGAGGCUGACCACCACUACAAAACAACUGCAACGGAUAGCAAUCCUGGUAAAAUAAUAAUUCCUGAGAGAAAAUCACAAACUGAUAACCUUACUCUGACCAUCUUAUCUAGGAGACAACAAGGCCUCAACUCAUCAACUUGUGACCAUCCCUCCUAUACAGUCAGCAUCAAAGCAAACGAUACCAUGUUUCAAGUGGCUUGCCAUCAAAAACAAGAGGAAAGACAUUGUACUCCGGAAGAAUCUGAAUUUAAAUGUUAUAAAUUUAAAACGACCAUGAUAACUCCAGUAACACCAACUAAUGCUGCAGUCACUAAACAGCUUCUCAUAAACGCAUGGGUUUAUGCUGGACUCUUACUUGUUUGGCAAAUGGCUUGAUCAGAACCAGUGACCAGCUAUAAACGGUACCAAUACCAAUGGACUCUUAUACACCCACACAAACAUAUCCAUGCACACAUAUAUGUAUGUAUAUAUAUAUAUAUAUAUAUAUAA